AUGUGCACCUCCUACUACGUGCACUACCACCACCUCCCGACCUGCUCCCGGCCAAUCGACAUAGCUCUGGAAUACACCUUUUGCCCAGCUGCAACCGAAGCCACCACCAGCACCACCUCCAGCCCGACGCAGCGGCAACAGGGAGCAACAGCCACACAUGACAACCAAGACGGCCAGCAGCGACGACAGCAACGGCAACCAUGUGAAGACCUGCACCACGACCCCUGGGCUUCCGUAGACCUGGCGGACCCCUGCAUGGCGGGCGGCUGCUUUGCCGUCAGCCCCGAGUGCGGCUCGGGCCUGUGCCGCCUGAACGAUCUGGGAGGGCGCUGGGCGUGCUGCAGCUGCGGGCGUGGCGGCAACACGUACCGCUGGUGCAGGCACAGGAUGAAGAAGAGCCCAGAUACAUUCUGUUACCACACCUGCUGCGAGAACUGCACAGCUGAUCCGGUGGGCGGUGGUGGUGGCGAUUCAGAGGGAAGUGGUGGGAGGGAGUGA